UGAGGGGCUCUACAAAGGAACCGGGGAACGGAGGGAGCCCGGCGGGUUUCAGCACCACAGCUCCGGACCGUGGGUGUUCCCCGGCAUGCCCCUAGAGCCGCUGUGGUGACUCUGCUUGCAGCAUCUCUCUUCUUCUCCCUUUCCCGAUGGCACGCAGAUUUUCUACUUGUGUGCUGGCUUUACUACUCUUUUGUUAUUCCUCUGAUUCUUAUAAACCGUCAACCUUGCCUGAUCCUCGAGAUCCAAAGUUUAUUGAAGAAUGUGUGCAAACCCAUAACUUGCUUCGGUCGAAAGUGGAUCCACCAGCCAGCAACAUGCUUUACAUGAGUUGGGAUCCAGAUUUGGCAAAGACCGCCAAAGCUUGGGCACAGAAAUGCGUAUUUAAACAUAAUAUCUACCUCAAAGAGAAAGGGAAAACUCACCCCAGAUUUAAAUAUGUUGGAGAAAACAUCUGGACGGGCUCAAUUUCUGUCUUUACCGUGAAAGCAGCCUUAGCCUCUUGGUACCACGAGGUUGAAUACUACACUUACAACACCAAUGGGUGCAGUAAAGUAUGUGGCCACUAUACGCAGGUAGUUUGGGCUACAAGCUACAAGGUUGGUUGUGCAGUCCACUUCUGUCCCAAGGUGACAUACACUUCCAUACUCAACGCAGCACACUUCGUCUGCAACUAUGGGCCACCGGGGAAUUACCCAGUGCGCCCAUACAAGACAGGAGGAGCAUGCAGCGAGUGUGGUGGUGAUCAGUGUGCCGGCCUGCUGUGCCGAAAUGCAGAGCGUGACAAAGUCAUCGAGGAUUCCAGGUGGCAUCCAGAGUGGGACAGACCUGCAUGUGAUGAGAUCUGCAUCUCCAUUAUUGCUUUAAGAUCACUACUCUUUAUACUGGCAUGUGUGGCCACGUGGCUCUUACCGAAAUAUCGGUCUAUAGUACCUGCCAGUGAGUAACACAAAUGUAGAAGACCACAAGAGCACUUGGCUCAAUUCACCUCUUCCAUCCACAUAAGUUACAGGCAACACAAACAUUGGUAAAGACAUUGUUUGCAUCAACAGGUGAUUUAGAAGUACAGAAAUAACAUCUUCAUUGCAGGUUGUAGUUACAAGCACUGAUAAGCAGAUUUUUCAUUGCUCAGAAUCAGUUAAAAGUUAAAAUAAAUUUAGAUGUUAAGAUUGUUUUAAAAGUUAAAAUAUUUUUAAAGUGCAGCAGUGUGCAUGUGAUUUGGUGGGAACAGGAGCACAUUGUCCAGGCAGCAUACUAAGGUGCAGGCAGGUGCCCAACACACUUUAGGAAGGACUGGAGAGUGUCCAGCCCAGGAGCCAGGCCCCAGCCAAGACACAGGCAGAGCAUGCACCUGUCCCAUUCCGAUUGCACUCUUACCUUGGGCGCUCCUACAGCAAGAUGCAGAGUGGCCUAUAUAAUUUAAAAUUUUUUAAAGGAAUUUUUGGAUCCCUGUGAGCUCUGGCAUUUGCAUCCUGUGGCACCACUUCCCAGUCUCACAGAGUAUUUGUCAUUGAUACUUCACUUUGCUUAGAAUUUGUUAUUAAACUCAUGGCAUCUGUGCCUAAACAGUUUCACCUGUGUUUACAUGAUUAUGUAUCACUGCACUCUUUCCUGUUGUGGUGUUUUUUAGUUGUUUGUUUGUUUUUGUUUUUGGUGUGUGUUUGUUUGUUUGUCUGGUUUUGGUUGGGGUUUUUUUAUUUUGAGCAUAGGGGUUUUACUGCUGUUUCAAACAAUAAACUGUUAAAUUGUUA